GCUCCUCACCCCACACCUCCGCCCGGCUCCCGCCUCCCUCCCGCCACUCGCCGGUGUCUCUUCGAGGCGCAGCCAGUUUCUAUAGCGACGGCGCUGAGCCGCGGCUCUUCCGAGUAGUAACAAAGCCGGCUUGGCUGCCCGCUGCCGCGCCGGGGCUGCGGGGGGAAGCGGCUGCCUCUGCCGAGGGCACCGCGACAGCUUUUGCCCAUGUGGAAAAGAAAAGGCAUUUCUUGUGUUCCCUGCAAGUGAACAUUUCCAAGAAGUUAUUUUUUGUGGAAAAUGGAUGCCUGGCUCAGAGUAAAGAACAUGCAGUGCACAGUCCCUAGCAGAAGCUGAAAAUGGAUGAUGUCUACUGAUGCUUUGCAAUGAUGUCAUCUCCCCUUUUUCUGUUUGAGAUGGGUGAUAGGAAAAUGUUCUAAAAUAAGACUGAGCGACUCCUUCAUCCCAACUUCUCUCUCCACGGGUCUGAAAACCAUCUGAAGAAAUGACCACUCAGCUACCAGAGGAGUCCAUGGAGACCCAGAGCUCAGAUGAGCUUGAGUGCAAGAUCUGUUACAACCGCUAUAACCUGCGGCAGAGAAAACCAAAAGUGCUGGAGUGCUGUCACAGAGUGUGUGCCAAAUGCCUUUGCAAGAUCAUAGACUUUGGUGACUCCCCGCAAGGAGUCAUAGUGUGCCCAUUCUGCAGGUUUGAAACGUGCCUGCCAGACGAUGAGGUUAGUAGUCUUCCUGAUGACAACAACAUCCUUCUGAAUUUAGCUUGUGGGGGAAAGGGAAAGAAGUGCCUACCAGACAACCCAACAGAACUCUUGUUGACUCCCAAAAGGCUGGCAUCUCUGGUUAGCCCUUCUCACACCUCUUCUAAUUGCCUGGUUAUAACAAUCAUGGAAGUACAAAGAGAAAGUCCCCAGACUCUGAACUCAACCCCUGUGGUGGAAUUUUACAGGCCUACAAGUUUUGACUCUGUUGCAACUGUGUCCCACAACUGGACAGUGUGGAACUGCACAUCCUUGCUCUUCCAGACCUCGAUUCGGGUGCUAGUGUGGUUGCUAGGGCUGCUGUACUUUAGCUCCUUGCCUUUAGGGAUUUAUUUAUUGGUAUCCAAGAAAGUCACCCUUGGGGUUGUCUUUGUAAGCCUUGUUCCUUCGAGCCUUGUUAUUCUCAUGAUUUAUGGCUUUUGCCAGUGUGUUUGCCAUGAAGUUCUAGACUGCAUGUCAUCUUGAUAAAAAAUACGGUAAAAUAAGGUGUAUUACCAGAUGUGUAGCAUAGUUGAUUUAUCCUGUUUUUGUAUUCUUUGUAUUCUUAUUUAUUCUUAUUGUCCAUCCCACUAAAUGCAAGCAGUGGCCCUAGUUACAUGGUCCCCUUUUUUUCCAACUGAAUUUGACACCCCUCACCCCAAGCAUUUUUUGAGCUAAGAACUGGAAAUAAAAAUUACAGGUUGAUUUUAAAGGGUUGAAUAUUAGAAAGGGAUAAAGCAAAGUUGCCUAAAUUGGUGCUUGCUGCUGCUGCCACUGUUCAAAUGAGUAGGACUUUGCUUUGUACUGGACUGAUCAAGUCAGUUCAUGUGGUAGGAUUCACCCAAGAAGAAAUUACUAUAGCAGACACCUUCCAGAUGCAAGUACUGCAUCUCUCCAUCCAAAGCAUCUCAUGCUCUGAAAUAUCUGUUAUUUACAAUCCAUCAUCAUUUAUAGCAAAUUAAAUCACUCUACUAAUUAAUAUUGUAAGAAGAAUUAAACAAACUAGCAAUUUUUUUAGUUCUUGUUGUAGCAUAAAUACUUGUGGGAGGCCAACUUUUUUUUUUUUUUUUUUGAAUGUUAAAAACUUGUCUCCAGAACACUUUCCCCAAAAGAAGCCCAUUUUUCCUUGUCAUACAGUUGCAGCUCACUGUGAAAUAUUCCUGCUAAUGAAUACUUCUGGGGACCCAGCCAUGUGUUUGCUGUUCUCCAGGUGCACUUAUUUCAGUGUACACACCUUAGGCUUCCCUUUGAGGGUUCAGAGCUCUGCAGAUUUCUCUAGCUAUGUUCUAUUAUGCUUACCCUCCCUCCCAGCAUUUCCACAACCACUAGACAUUUCCAAGCCACCAGUACUUCCUUCCUAAUGGAUGACCAACCUCAUGCACAUAUACUCUAUGGUAGCUGUGCUGGAGAAUUUGUCUUAUGUGACUUUAGCUCUCAAGAUAGACUUCUAUUCCCAAACAUUAGGAAACAUAUCUUCAAUCAGUAAUACAAAUUUGAGAGAAAAAAUAUCUGAAAUGGUUAACCGGGGUUUUGUUUGGAUGUUUUUUUGGAUUUGGGCAUUUGGUUGGUUGGUUGGUUGGUUGGUUGUUUUUGUUCUGAGUUCACAGACUGAGUACUGUAAGGAGAUAAUGUGACUUUGGGAAGAUUUCUGUUUAUGGCAUAGUCCUUCAAAUUUUUUUAAUACUCUGAAUUCUCCCUGUCACCAUUGUGAGUUGAUGGCAAUCUAGAUGUGGCAAUUAGCAUGUCUCCAUUAGUGGAGCUCAGAGGAAUUACUGAUACUUUACCAUUCCACAAGUAGAACCAGGCCCUGUAAGGCUUGCUUGUAUGUUGCAUGGUUUAGGCUAUUUUUUGAACUACUGGAAGAACACAAAAAUAAGUAAUAUUUAAUGUUUAUGUGUAUAACUAGGUCUAGCAACACCACAGCUGCAAACUGGUUUUCUUGUGCACAGCAGAGUGGAGUUGAGCAGUGCAAGCCUGGUUUUUGGGUCUGGCACAAGAUUUAGUUAUUUCAGGGCAGUGUAAAAGGGAGAGGGGUUUGUUGCAUGAAAAUUGAAUGUAUGGCCUAACAAUAUACUCUUAGAGCAAACACACUUUGGUAAGAAUGAAAAAAUGACAGUGGGAAGAGCAGAGCCUGUCAAGAGGAUUUGAAGUUAAGCUGGUUCCAUUUUUGUAGAUGGCACAGGUGUUAUCUGCAGUUUUGUUCCUACUGCAAACAGAGAAAGUGUGGAAAUGUAAAGGUCCUGCUUUUCUUGACCCUCAUUUUAUAAUAGUGCGUAUAUAUGUGUGUGUAUGUACAUAUAGACACAUAUGUGAGAAGAAAACUUACAGUGAAAUUAUAGUUUUCAAGUGUAUGGAGUUAUGGAGCUAUGUAUUGAAUGAUUAAAGGAAAUGUUUCAGACUUUUCUGUAAUGACAAUAAUUUUGCCUAAAAUAUUUUCAGAAUUCCUAGAAAAUGCUGUUCCUAAGUAGUUGUUUUAAUGUUUGUGGUAAAGCACAUGUAGUUAGAAGAGGAAUCAUCUCCAGUCAAGGUUUGACUCAUCUAUGAACUCAUAAAUUUUAAGUAUCCAACAACAAUCGUGUCAAAAAAAAAAAAAAAAGAAAAACAGAAACCUAUGUGGUUUUGUUUGGAAAGACGUAUUUGUAGUAUUAGGGGUUUAUAUGUUUUAGGAUUUGUUCAAUUUGUCUGAAUAUAGUGUCUCUAAUAAAGGGCUGACUAACAGAGGUUAUAGGUUUUGAAAAUGUGUGAUAUAUAUUAAUUACCUCCGCACAACAUGCUCUACAGUGCUACCUGUUGUAUUUUCCUUUUGAUUUUCAGCUGAUUAUCUUAUCUCCAGCACCAGGUAUUUGUACUCUGUUUUAAAACAGAGCCUAAUUGUAGCAAACCUAAGUGGUAUCAGUUACACAUCACAGCACAAAUUAAUACACCAGUUGUUAUACUUCUCUACUUUUCAGAAUGCCAGCCCAUUAAAUUUAUACUGUUAUUUCAGACUGUGCUGCAUUUCUAACCCACCCAAAGAUGCAAGCAUGCGAAAACAUAUUGAUUGUACAGCUAUGCUGCCACUCAGCCAGAGCAUGCUAUUGCAACUCUGGGGUCAUGAAAUACCUGUAUGACUUACAAUACGGCCAUUGAGAAUUGGUGGGAGAUAAAUCUCAAUUAUUUGUGGAGAAGAAUUUUUGCUGUGUGACUGAGACUAGAAGAACUUCAGAUAUUACUCUUUCCUUAUUUUUAUUCUCUAAUAUCCUUUAGACUUUUGUCUAAAAAAACCUGAAAAUUUUUGUGUCCUCUGCAGUAGAAUAACUGUGCUGAAAUCGAUGUUAAUGGGGCUAAAAUCAAGACUUGCAUAAUUCUCUGUCUGGUUUUCCUUCCUUUUCUCUGACUGUUUUUCUCUCCUUGGGAAGUAAUAGCUCCUGGGGCUGUAAAAUACUGCCUGCACACCAAGGCAUUUCCCUUUCAAUGGGAUUUAUUCCUGCUGUGCCCAGACAUGACUCAACCAAGUACAAAGUGCUAGAAAUUCAUUACUAUAGGAUUAAUUUCAUCCAAAUGAGAUUUUUUUGUUUUGUUUUGUUUUUAAUUCCUGCUUAUCCUGUGGAUGCAGACCCUGUCCUUGCCAGCUGCCCAUUUACAGUAUGAUAUCGUGGUAUCCCCUGAGGGCUGGGGCAGGAUGAUGCAGGAGCAGCUGCUGGGCACAGCUUAGGAAGGAUGCACUGAGAUGGGCCAUCCUGUGAGCAGGACUUGGUGAGGGAUGAAGCUGUGCUUGAGCCCAGAGCCCAAAGGGCAAUUAACAGAGCGUGGGUUAACAGAGUCUGUGGGCUCUUACAUAGGACCUGGGGCUGGGGUUAGGCUGACUGAGAAGCUGAGCAAAGCAGAGAGGGGGGUGUUGUCUAUGCCUGGGACAAACGGGCUAUUUUGAAUAAAUAUUUUGGGGUAGAGCUGCUGCAAACAGUUUAAUGUUUUCAUUCUGACCCUUCUGGGGUUUAAAAUUCAUUUGGAAAUUAAAUUAAUUCACUACUGUUAUUACAGUUGAGUACAUUUACUUUCCAAAUGGCAAAGUACUGAACUUCAUUCUAAUUUAAAUGGAUCCUCAGAUUUGGGCAUACUCCCACUGUUAUGUUAACUAUUUAAAGCUACAGGACUGGCCAAAGUAAGGGCUGAUGUCUCUGAUUUAGCUGCAUUGUGAGCUUUGGUAGGUCCUGCUAUAUUGAUUCUAGCCCCACAAAAGUGUAUAUGCUAAUAUAAAACACUUAAAAUAGGCAAACUGUUGUCCUGAUAACAUUAUUGGCAAACUUCAGGGUUGCCAAUAUUUAACAAUGUACCCAAAAAUAGACUCUUCCAAACACACUUGAUUACCUGAAGAUACAGAUAAGUGAGUCAGAUCAGGAUGCUGAUAAUGCUAAGGGAUGGCUUUGAUCCCUGUAUGGAUCAUUCACUGGAAAGUUGGACUUGAUGAUCCUUGUGGCUCCCUUCCAACUCAGAGAAUUCUUUGAUUCUGUGGAGUCCAGCAGCACAAAGCCAGAUAGACAAAACAGGAAAACACAGCUUUCCACCUAAGUGGCUGCACUUCAGCCUGAGGAAAAGGAACUGUGGAGGUUCACCGGAAGGUAGAUGAAAUUUUUGAGGGACUUCCUUGUUAUUGGGUACAAGGCCAUUGUUUUUCUUAAUUUUAACCAGUUCUAGUGGUAGAUUCAACUCAUUAUUCCUCUUACUUUUCUUCCCCCUCUCAUGAAACAAGUCUACAUGAAACUGUGGAUAAGCAGUAUUUUGAAAUGAAGCAAUAUUUUCUACUACAUUGAGUUUGCAGCCCAGUCCAGCACGGCAGGGCUAAUACUGAAAAUACAGCAAAGUGCAGCCAGGAUGCGAGAGUGAACAGGGUGCAGCGGGUAAAUGGCAGCAUGUUGUUGAAACAGUUUUGAUGUCAAAGAAAGGAAAACAUGGGGCUGUAUCCUGCCUUGUCUUGGCUGGUUCCAAAUUACUGAAAGGAUGUUCCAAGCCAGAGCACCACCAUGGCUCAACACUCACCCCUGCAUUGCCUCUGGGACAGUUCACUUUAGCUGUGCAUCUUGAUUUCUUGUACAGGAGUUCUACAUCAUUAUUUCAUCUUCCUGUAUGGGUGGUAGGUGGAGUGAAAGAUCCACAGUGUUACACUUCUAAACAUUUUGACUAUCCUAAGGCUUCUUAGGGUUGGGGGUUUUUCCAUUUCUUCAUAUUUAUUUCUACAAAGUGAGACAGUACAUUUUAUUUUAAAUGCAAGGAUUUUAAAUUUCAAGGAUUAAAAAAUUAAAAACAGAGAAAAAAGAAAAAAUGUGGGGAAGAAGAACUGAGAAUUUUGAAAUAACUUUAAGAUAUUCAAAGUGAUAGGAAGAGACUGAGAUUCUUUUUACUUUCAUACUAACAGACUAGAUGUUAUCCUUUGAGUGACAUCAGUAAAUAUUUAGUGCAGGAGAUUCCCAAGGGAAUUGAUAAGUCUGCCAGACCUCAGGCACAGACCCUGUACUCCACUACUUUUCUGUAAAGCACCAUUCUUUUGCAUUAGCCACCUCUGUCAAAGUUGAAAGAUCACAGUUCACAAAGAGUUCUGGCACAAAGGAUAAAUCCCCAGUCUGGGGACAGUAAAUCAUCUUUUUAAAGACACAUGUGACAGCAGCAAAUCUUUCAGUUUCAGACCUUAAAUAAAGAGAAGUCAUCUUGAAUUGCUAGCAUAAAUUUAAUUUUAAAUCAAGUUUAAUUGUGCUGGGCAACACUGCAAGUAGAAAACUUUUUUUUUUUGUUUUUCUGCCUUUUGCUAUACAAAUGUGCUUUGCAUUUUAAAAAAUGUAUUAAGUGGUAGAAACCAGAGAUAGAUAGGAAGAAGCCUAAUAAGUAAUUUUAUCCAUUUCCUUCGCCCCCAUAGAGAUGAAUGCUUUGUCUAGUCUGGUUUUAAAUAUCUAAAAUGAUGAGGCCUCCACCUCUUCCCACAAGGGACUUCUCAGCCAUUUAAUAGGCUUCUUUGUUAGGAAAUACUUGCUUCAUACUGAUCCUAUCUUUUUUCUUCUGCAUAAUGUAGUCCCUUUCUUCUGUGCCCAGUAUUUUAACUUUUAUGAAAUCUGGGAAAUGCAUCAUAUUUAUCCAUUUCAUACUGUAGCUGAAUAAUUCAUAAUCCUUGUUAUUCAAGUAACAAAAGAGAUAAGCAGCCAAUAGCUGAGCAGCUAAUACUUCACUGAGAUGGUGUACCAUGUACCAAUGGGUAUAUUUUGUGGCAAGUCCUGGCUGACACUGCUUUUUGCAUUAGGGAGUGAAAAAUGUCAAGAAUGUCAAGUGAAACUGAAGAAAUGCAUCUUCCCAAGUGCAUGCAUGGCAAUAUUACUGAAAUUUCAAGAGGUGCUGAGGCAAACAGCCUACUUCUUUGGAUAGAGCUUUUCUUUCUAUAAGUGGGUGAUUUUAUUAAAAGUAUGCUUUCAAAAAGCAUUUGAAUUUUCUAUUCAUAAGCAAACCUCUAGAUGAGAAUCACACUAUGUCAAAACUCUUUAACUUGUUGAGAGACAAGGCUGGAUUGAUUGCCACUCACUGCUAAGCAGUUUUUGCUGACAGCUUAGCUCAGAAGAAAAAUUUAAUCCAGCGUUAUAGAGUUUGAAAAGAUGCCUUUGCAACUGUGACACUGGAAUCAGAUCUGUGCAUGAAAAAAUGACUCAUGUUUUGACAACAGUAACUGCAUUUCUGAUUUAAUUACAACAUAUUAGAUAAUCCUCUACCUCACUCAAAGGGCAAAAAGAAGCAGUGUGACUAAGGAAAUCCUAGCUGGACAGCCAGAUUUUAUGUGAUUUUGCAUUCAAAAGCUACUUUUUUAAAAGGCAGUGCUAUGCUUUAUGCUGACCCUGGGCCAGGUGGGAGGUCUGCUACGUCUCUCUAACCUCAUGGCUGUAGUGGAUGCACAUAAAAAAAAGUAUAUGAACAGCCCACAUGGAUGUAGAGCUCCUCUAUACCUGCUAAUAUACGGCAGUCCACAGUUGGAGAUCCCUUGAGAUGGAGGCUGUGUCUGUGGGUUUGAUUCUUCCCUAUGGACUUCUCUGGAUUCUUUUAAAUGUUGUGUUUAACCCACUUAUAGUCUUGGCACCUAUAAAUUCUCACAGCAUAGGGUCUCACAAUUAAUUCUGUAUUUGGUGGAAAAGGUCUGCUUGUCUUAAAAACCCCUGAGGUACUUGUUACAUCUGCCCUAUUUAUUCCAAUAAGGAAAGAAGUUCUGAAGUAUGAUGGCAUAUUUUUUCCUCUACACUCUCAGAACUUCAUCUAUCCUUGGAGAUGUUAACAUCAGGGUUUUAUCCCUUGUACUUCUUCUCUUCUGCCUUUUGUCCACACUGAACAUCCUAGUCUGUUUGAUCUCUCCUUAGGCAGCAGGCUUUCCAUGCUCACCACCAGCCACUGCACUUGCCUGAACCUUUUCUACAUUUUUGUUUGUUUAUUUGUUUGUUUGUUUUACUUUGAGGUGGGAUGAAGCAUUUAGAAAUAGAUUCUCAUUAGUUCCAUUUGUUGAUAAGCCAUGUGAUCACAUAAGACAUCUGUACUCCUACAGCCAUGAAAAUUACUUUGUCAUUUUUAUUGGUCCUGACAGCACAUCUGAGGUGUUACACUUGAUUAUUGCUAGUUUAUGUGUUAUAUGGAUGUGCAUUGAUAAACUCAUUAACAUGCGAGUUUAUCCAGUGCAUUCUAACAUCCCUGUUUGAAUUGUUUGGUUCACAUGGAUGCAGGAGACAGUAGAUUUCAGAGAAUAUUUAAUUUAAUCUUGGCAUAGACUGUAUGGAUUUUAGCUCUAUUGAGCACGUGGCCUGACGUUGCUGGACUGAGCAGCCACUCACCAUCUCUCUCUGCCAUAGUGAUGGCAUCUACCUCAUCCAUUUGCUGCAGCCAUCCCAAACUACAGCCUAGAGCUUUUUUUAUUGCAAGAAUAUAUUUUUCUUUUAAACACCUGAAUCUUUUUAUUUCCUUAAGACCUGUGGCCUUUUUCAUGCCCUCCUUUCUUCACUCCAAGAAAAGGAGGUGCUCUCAGAUAAAAAUAUUAAUAAUGACGCUGUUUAGACAGUAAGCCCAUUACACUGGGUUCUUCAUAUUGCCUAGCAGAGCAAAGGUUUGGGGCCUCUUCCUACAGAUAUCCUAGCAGAUAUAAUCAGGGACCUCAGCAUUUUGCUGUCCUGGGCCUCACAGAAGGCUCCUUGCAGUCCCUGGAGGUCUUCAUACUGAUGCUCUUUACAUCAGUGUCCCAUCUUUUAGUUAGAAAAACUGAGUGACUCUAAGGAAACAUUAUUAUUGCAAUAAAACAAGAUAGAGAUUAUUUUCUUUCAGUGAAGAAUGAAAUAAUGAAGCUGAAACUUUUUGGGGCACUUCCAGGGUCAGCUGCAAAUUUCUAAUUACUUUUUUGUUUGUUUUAGUAAUUAAACACAAUAAUAAAAACAGGUCAGUGAGGCUGCAUGAAUCACACAGAUAGUUAAUGAAGUUUCACAAGUAGGUGCUGAAAAUGUGUGGGGGAAAAGGGAUUAAAAAAAUAUGAAAAUGGAGGAAAAGACUUGAUCACACAAUAGGGCUUGGGUGGAGACGGCAAACAGCUGUUGAUCUUCUACAAGAGAUUGCAGAAAUAAUUCACAAAGACAGGUAGAAUGUGAAGAAUGUGUGUGUACACUCCAGUGUAUUAUGGACACAUUGUAGAGUAAAAUUGUCAAUCCAACAAAAUUGAAAAAAGGAAGUUUUAAUCAUAGGUUUCUUUACUUUUUACUUUGUCACAAAAAAUUCAUGGGUUUUAAGUUCCAGAUCAAGUUGAGGUUUACCAAAUGUAAUAUGAGUCUUAUGAGAGGAGUUGGCUGCUGUAACUUUGCCUUCUAUAACUGUCUUUUUUAGAUUUAUGUCAUAGUGUGGGAACUUCUUUUUGUUUCUGUUUAUUUCAUAAGUAGAACAAUGAAGUCUGCCAUAAUCUUGCAGACAAGGAAACUAUGACAUGGAAGCAAAUGACAUAAAUAUAACCAUUCCUAUCUGAAAUAAUGAAAUACCAAUGUAAAAGCAAUUGUUCCACUCAAUAAAACUAAUUUUUCAGUAAAGAUUUGUCAUGAUAAGCAUA